AUGGAAGAAUACACAUGUUCCUUUUUACCCAAGUUUUCCAUCCACAUAGAGACCAAAUAUGAAGACAACAAAGGCAGCAACGACCAUAUCUUUGACACAGAGUUAAAGGACCAAGAACGAGAGAUUUGUUUUGUUGACAUUGCGUAUGACGAGAUCGCUGAACGCUACUACAAAGAAUCUGAGGAUUUGCGUUACUUCAAAUCAGAGAAAACAUCUCGAGGGAUGCUUCAGGAGGGUUGGAGGGACACGGAAGAGCCCAUCAUGUGCUCAUAUAAACUGGUCACCGUGAAGUUUGAGGUGUGGGGUCUGCAGACACGUGUGGAGCAGUUUGUGCACAAGUUUGUGAGGGAUGUCCUACUCCUGGGACACCGGCAGGCCUUUGCUUGGGUGGACGAGUGGAUUGAUAUGACUUUGGAUGAUGUGCGGGAUUACGAGACAAAGAUGCACGAGCAAACCAACAUUAAAGUUUGCCUUGAACAGGAAGAGCAAUCCACAGCAAAUUCAUCUUCAGUGGAUGAAAUAGAGAGCCAUGACAAAGCAAGCACAUGA